CAAUCCCUUCUUAUGAUGGCAGCUGCUGCUGCCGCUUCUUCAGCUUCCUCUGGUCAUUUCAGUCAACCUGUUCCUGGACCGCCUCCAUCUACCCAACAGAUACGUCUCAACAUUCAAAUAGAACGACAACCUGAGGCCAGUCUCGGUCUCACCAUCGCUGGUGGUUAUAGCUCAGCUCCGUUCCGAGGUAAUGACUUAGGCAUCUUUAUCAGCCGGCUUACUGAAACUGGGCUCGCAUAUGCUGCUGGCCUUCGACUUGGUGAUAAAAUACUUAAGGUAAUCUAA